AUGGCGUCGUUUGCUGCCAGCUCAGCCGGCGAUAACACGCUUGAUUCUCCCGCUCCCUCUCUCGCCGAACCGUCAGCAGCGGCGGCAGCAGCUUCUGCUCCGGUUGGGGCAGAUGUCCCGCCUUGCCCCGCCCCUGUACCCCCUCUCCUCUGGCGCCCCCUUGGUGUGCCUCCCUCCUCCUCCAACGAGAUCUCCUCUGUGGCAUUGCGCCUCUUCCGCUUCUUGCCCCUCUCGCUCCGCCGCGCCCACCGCGACCACCGCGGGCUGCGGUUUCUCCUCUUGCGGGAGUCACGGUGUUUCGUCCACCCCGUCCAGCUUGUGGCGCCCUUCCCGCCGGCAGCCACGGUGUUUGUGUACUUGCUGCGGGCUGACUUGUGCCUUCGUCUCCCUCGCAUGCUUCGUGUGAUGGAGGUGGAUGCGCUUGCGCUUGUGGCAACUGCCCUUGCAGAAGCCAGCCCCGGAGGGGUCCCGGGGCGCCAGGUCCCAGCCCUGCUCCGGGCCGCCUCGGCGCUGGCUGGGCGCGGAGCUUCUUCCCGGCUUUCGCGCGGGCGGCGUGGGCAGCAGCACCGGUCCCGCGAGGCUGUCUAUCACUCCCCCCCUGGCCGCGCCCCUGCGUGCUUGCGUCCGCGGCAGCAGCAGACGUUCCGGCGCUCGCAGCGUCAGCCGCACCGACCUCCUCGGCCAGAUCGACUUCGCGUACCUCCUCUGCAACUGCCGCAGCUGCAGCCGCCAGUUCAGGUAGUGCGACAGUCUCCAUGGCAGCGGGCGAAAAUGAGCCGACGCCAGCGCCAGCAACAGCGGCGAUCUCAGGCGCCACCUCCACCUCCUCUCCAGUCCCCGGUUCAGCCGCCUCCCCCUCUGCUGGCCACACAGGCGCAGCUAUCUCCAGCAGCGCCGGCGGACCAGGUACAGCCGAUGACGCCGCCGCUGCCGACCAGCUCUGCGCCGGCUCCCCUUCUUCCGCCACCGCCUCCUCGGUCCUCCGCCUUGACUGCUCCGCCAGCAGUGCCAGCGGGGUAUCCGCAGUUGUUUCUUGGCGGCCGUCAAAUCCCAAUUCCGUGGGAUGUGCUGGGGUACCCAGUGGCAGGAGAAGGCCCCGUUGUGCCGCCUGCACCAACCCUUGACGAGCGCUGGAGCCUGUGGGAGGAACGUUCACCUGCGGAGAGGCUGCUGCUCGUCGAGCAGCACGUAGUGACCGCAGGCUACUGCCUGAACCAGGUGGCAACGAUCCUGGAUCAGCUCCACGCGUGCCUGGUGCGCCGCAAGGUGAAGUGCCCGCCUCUAGCAGCGGGGGAGCGGGAGCUGGCCGCUGCUGCAGCGGACGAGGUGCUGGAGUCUCUCCCACAGUUGGGGCUAGAUAUGGGGUCUCCCGGGAUUGCCGCUGGCCCUGGGCCGGCUGCCGUGAGGCGCCUGGCAGCAUGUGCUCAGCAGGGUCCAUUCGGCUUGCUUCCGGCCGCGGCAUCCGUGCUGCGCUGGUUGGACGGCCGGCUGGUGUGGCUCCUUGUAGAGUAG